GAUUCGCUUGAAUUGCAAUGCUAACUUCAAGGCAGUCAGAAAUUUGCCGACAACCGAAAAUUCGGAACAAAUGUCACUCGUACCGUGCAAACCUGUCUUUGGACUGUUUGUGCUUUUUUGUUUUACUAGAAACAUUAGCGCACAAACUUAUAGAAACAUGAGUAGCCUUGCAGGUGUAAAUUCUGUGGCUUACGUUACCGUUCCAACGCAGGAGGUUGCUAAAAAAUUGGCACAUGGAUUAGUGAAAAAUAAAUUGGCUGCGUGUGUUAACAUAAUACCGGGCCUCACAUCUAUAUAUGAGUGGAAAAAUGAAAUUAACGAGGACAGUGAAUUAUUAAUGAUGAUAAAAACAAGGACCGAUACCGUGGAUGCCCUAACUAAAUAUGUUAAAGAUAAUCAUCCAUACGAAGUCUGUGAGGUAAUUUCUUUGCCAAUACAAAAUGGAAAUGAAGAGUAUCUCCAGUGGGUCAGUAAUAUAAAUGAAAAGAAAAGUUCUACGAGUUAAUCGAUCUAAGAUAAAAAUAUGUAUCGUUAUUUUGUUUAAAUCUUUGUUAGUAAGAGAGAUUACGUUUCACUAUGUAUCAGAAAAUUAAUUCAUUUAUUUGAUUAUACCUUUUAAGUAUUACAAUUAAAAACAAUUUGAACACAUUCUUAUGUAUGCAUAUGUAUAUACUUAUGUGCUGAUAACAAUAGUUCAUGAGUAUGCAUAACAACUAUACUACUUACAAAUAGAUGAUAAAAAAUUAUAUAAACCAAUGAUCAAUAUAAAAAUAAGUAUCGCAAUUAUUAA